AUGACAACAGCAUGGAACGAGGAUACAUAUAAAGCUGAAAUUUUUUCAGAAGGAACUGGAGGAGAUUUUGCUGAUCCAUUUGACUUUGGAGGUGGCAUAUGCAAUCCAAAUGGAGCAGCAGAUCCUGGUUUAAUUUAUGAUAUGGAGAAAAAUGAUUAUUCGAAUUAUCUUUGCAGUUUGGGCUAUAGUUAUGAUAGGGUUUACAAUGUAACUACGUAUUAUUCAGACAAGAAAAAUUCUACUUCGUCAGCAGGCAUUGUGUGUCCCAAAGUAGUACCGUCAAGGUUGGAUAUGAAUCUCCCUUCAAUAUCAAUUCCAAAUCUCAAGGAUUCAGUUACUAUCAAGAGAACUGUUACUAAUGUUGGAAAUGUUAACUCUAUAUACAAAUUAGUGGUUAAACCUCCGAGAAACGUUGCUAUUAAAGUAACUCCAGAUGUCUUGAAGUUUAAUGCCAAGACAAAGAAGAUCUCCUUUAAGGUAAAGAUCACAUCUACUCACCAAAGAAGUGGUAAAUUUACCUUUGGAAGUUUGGCAUGGAGUGAUGGCAAACAUUUUGUUAGAAUUCCUAUUGCUGUGAGGAAGCAAGUAGAUGAAUAA